UUUUACGCUGGUUUUACGCACGGAGGGGUGAGUUUACGUAUUACGCAGCGUACGCCAGACUGAGAGCGCAGCGAGGAAAAUCCCUGCAGUGGGACAGUCAAUUUCCUCAGAAGUAAUUGGAGAGAGCUUUUUCUCCAGCCAAAAUGACAGACACAAAACGUCUCGCUUUCUCCAUUAUCCAGUUUCUCCAUGACCAGCUCAGGUCUGGGGAAUUGUCGUCAGAUGCUCAAGAAAGUUUAGAAGUUGCCAUCCAGUGUCUGGAGACAGCAUUCAGUGUCUCAGUGGAGGACCAGAGUUUAGAAGUUACUGAAACUUUGCCAGAAUUAUUUGCAAAAGCCACUCCAAAGGUAAAAAACACACCUGAAGUUAAAGUCAACUCUACCAGUAAUCCCCUAACAGAGGAUCAGAUAGCAGAGGCAGAAAGACUUAAGAGUGAUGGAAAUGACCAAAUGAAAGUAGAAAACUUCAGUGCGGCAGUGGAAUUCUACUCAAAAGCCAUUCAGAUUAAUCCAGAGAAUGCGGUUUAUUACUGCAACAGAGCUGCAGCAUACAGCAAACUUGGCAACUAUGCUGGAGCAGUUCAAGAUUGUGAACUUGCAAUUGGAAUUGAUCCAAACUACAGCAAAGCGUAUGGAAGGAUGGGGCUGGCUCUGGCCAGUUUGAACAAACACACAGAGGCUGUGAGCUACUAUAAGAAAGCCCUUGAACUGGACCCUGAGAAUGAGACAUACAAAUCAAAUUUGAAAAUAGCAGAGCAGAAAAUGAAAGAAACGCCCAGCCCAACAGGGGGUAUGGGUGGAGUUGACCUUGCUGGUUUGCUUAGUAAUCCUGGUUUCAUGAGUAUGGCUUCUAAUUUAAUGAGUAACCCACAAGUACAACAACUGGUGUCAGGAAUGAUGUCUGGAGCCUACGGUGGUCCUAUGGGGGGUGGCACUGCUUCCCCAGCAGCAGCAGCGGCGGCGGCAGCAGCAACAGCAACACCAACACCAGGAGCCCCAAAUGACCUCUCUGGCCUUAUUCAAGCUGGCCAACAGUUUGCACAGCAAAUGCAGCAGCAGAAUCCUGAGCUUAUUGAGCAGUUGAGAAGCCAAAUCCGCAGCCGGCCACCCAGUGCUAGUAAUGAAGAGCAAUGACACUUAAAAUGCUAAAGCUUCAUCCUGGGACACACAGAAAAGACUGGCUGGUUAUCAUUUUCUUUUUAACAUUUUUUUUUGAUCGGUUAUUCUUACAACUCCAGGGACAAGACCAAUUUUAUAUAAAGAUGAGGUGCAUGUGUGUCUGGCUUCCUUCCCUGCCUUGCCUGUCUUGGAAGAAACCAGUGUAGCCUAAAAUCUUAAGGUCAUAGCUGGCCGCUUAGACGAUAAAAAAAAAACUCGGCUGUACAGAAACGUCACACUGGUUUAAUGUAUGAUUUCAGUGUAACUAAUCCAUGCAACUGGAUUGAAUCACUGCUACACAGACUGUCUGCAGACCUGCCAACCCAAAGUGAUUCACUUCUACAGUAACAGCAGGCUUUGUCUGAUCAGAUGACUUUGUAACCGAUAUGUACAAUGCAAACAUAAUGCAUAUUAAAUGUCAGAUUCUGAGUAGGACCUCAUCUUUUUCAUCCACUGGUAACCACAGCCUUGAUGUAAUGCUUUAGACUUUAUAACACCAGUCAUGCUGUGAUCGUUAUACAGCGGGUUUAUAUAACGUAAGCAUGACUGUUCACUGCAAGUGUCAUUUGGUUUUUAAUUAAAAAUUGGGAGUUUUGCACCAAACCUUCUCUCUGAUGCAUCAUGAAUGUAAAUCUAUGCUCAGACUGUGGACAAAUCGGAUUUGUUUUUUUUUAACCAAACUGUUGAGAUGUCUGCACUGUUAUUUGCAAGUGAUGAGAUCAGAUUGCUGUGGUAACAAGGUCAAUGAGAGGAUCUAAGGUUUGGCGCUCUUCUUCGACCCCCACACUUCCAACACUCUGGAUAUUAUGAGGUUGUUGUUUAAAAACUGAAUUAAACUGAGAUCACCUCUUGAGAAGAAUUA